GUCAUCAUCAUUGGACUUUCCUCUCCCUUUCUUUCUUUCUUUCUUUCUUUCUUUCUAUAUAAUCCCCUUUUCCCCCAUUGUCUCCCAAACAAAUCAUCCCCUUCUCUGCCUGCAAAACGCUCCCUGCCUGCAAAUUCUUCUCUCAGAUCCAGUUACCAGUAGCGCCACCACAACAACAACAACAAGACAUGAUGAUGCUAGACAAGGAAGACUUGGGGCUCAGCUUAAGUUUGAGCUUCCCGCCUCAUCAUCCCCACCACCACCAUGCUCCUCUCCACCUCAAUCUCAUGCCUUCUUCAGUUUCAUCCUCUUCCUCCUCCGCCGCCGUAACAAAUCACAAAUCCUCCUCCUCCUCAUGGAUGAACCACGCCGCUCACAUCCUCAAUCCUUCCUCCGAUCUGAAUUCGGACCCGACGGCGAUACCGUUCCUCCGCGGGAUCGAUGUGAACCGGCUCCCGGCAGCCGAUUGCGACGAGGAGCCCGGAGUUUCUUCUCCCAACAGUACCGUUUCGAGUAUUAGCGGGAAGAGGAGCGAGAGGGAUCAACCAGCUACCACCGGAUCCGGCGGAGAGGAUCUCGACGCCGACGAGGAAGACGGAGACACCUCCCGGAAGAAGCUCCGGUUGUCCAAAGAUCAGUCCGCCGUUCUCGAAGAUAGCUUCAAGGAGCACAGCACUCUCAAUCCUAAGCAAAAGACGGCACUUGCUAAGCAAUUGGGCCUUCGGCCCAGACAAGUGGAGGUGUGGUUCCAGAACAGACGGGCCAGGACCAAGCUGAAGCAAACGGAGGUGGACUGCGAGUUCUUGAAGCGAUGCUGCGAGAAUCUAACGGAGGAGAAUCGGCGGUUGCAGAAAGAGGUGCAGGAACUGCGAGCGCUGAAACUUUCCCCGCAGUUCUACAUGCAGAUGACCCCGCCAACCACGCUCACCAUGUGCCCUUCGUGUGAGCGUGUCGCGGUCCCGCCGUCAUCCACCUCAUCACCACCUGUUGUGGCGGCGACGAGGGUUGGAUCGUCGCCGUUGCCGAUGAUGGGCACCGCAGCGGCCCACCACCAUCGGUCCAUGGCUGCGAUUAACCCAUGGGCCGUUGGUGGGCCGUUCAACGUGCUUCGUCCUCGAUCGUAGUAAUUUACCGGGGCGUGAUGAGGGUGUUUUGGUAAUUUUAGAUAAAAAUCAGGUUUAUGUGGGUUGGCUUUGUUGGGGGGAAUGAGAUGAGAUUUGGUGGGUCUUUGCUGUUUUGUAUUAUUGAUCUACACAAGGAAGGGUCUCAUCUCUUUUUGGAAAGGUGGUUGACAUAGUUUUUGUUUAAUUAAUUUGGUUUAGUGAGCUAAUUAAAUGCUAAUGUUACUUGUUGAACUUUCUCUCUCUUUCUUGGGGGGGAAAUGUGUAAAGGGAAAGUGAGAUUUGGGAGAUGGAGGAGAAGGGAUAAAAAGAAAGGGUUGGAUGUGGUGUAAAGUUAAAGGGGAUUUUUUUCACCCAAAGGAAAGAAAAGUAGUGAAAGAGAUCUGUACUUAGCAAUUGAAGCUUUAGUUAAAGCAAAAGCUUAUCAUGGUCUUAACCUUAAAGUCGA